UUUCCAAGAUGUGUGAUUCGCCUGGAUCCGAACAACGGUCGAAACGGAGGCGUAUCGACAAACAUGGCCGGUUUGCCGCGCUGGAACGGUUGAAGAAGCAGAAAGAAGUCGGCACCAAGAACAAGUACGAGGUAGAUGAAAUAGAAAAUGUGUACGACGAGGUGGACGAACGGGAGUACGCCAAAAUCGUCAACGAGCGUAUGCACGACGAUUGGGUCGAGGAUGAUGAUGGUUUUGGGUACGUGGAAAACGGGCGUGAAAUAUUCGACGAGGAUGAGCUGGAGCCGCGCACCGCAACGAACCGUUCGGCAAAUGGCAAAAAAGGCAACAAAGGAAACAAACGUGUCCGUGAUGAAGCGGGCAGCCAAGGUGGUGGUCCGGUCACUGGUAGGAAAUCGCUUAAAAAUUAUUUCAACCGUGAGCAAGCACCCAAAGCGAAGCUGGAAGAUGAUGACGCAUUGGCGGACAUUUUGGGUGAAAUCAAUUCGGAAGGAGCAGCUGAUGGAAACGGAUCGACACCGUCAACGAGCACGAAGGAAAUCCGUCCACUACAGCUGACGAAAACAGUUCCGGCCAAACCGAAAGAGCUUACGGCCGAGGAGGAGAUGAAGCGGUACAUGGCAAAUUUGAGCAAAAAUUUAAAACGAACGGAAAAGAAAGCUGCGGCCGAGGACGAGGACAGUGACGAGGAGAUGUUGAAGAACGUAAUAGCCGAAUCGGAGGGUAAAGCGGUGAUUAAAAAGGCUCCUGCACCGUCAUCAUCUCACAUUACUAAGCAGGUUAAUGUGGAUCUGGCGCCGCAAUCGGAAAGCCUGGUUUUACAAAAAGAACAAGCGGCCGUUAAGCAAGAACCGCAAACCAAACCGGAAUCGUCCGUGGUGGAAGAGCGUUCCGUGAAAACAUCAUCCACUCAAGAACUGGCAGUCGAGAGCCAUUUCCUCGAUGAUAUGGAUGACGAUUUUGCGGAGAUGGCGUCGGCAACACCGAAACCAUCGAUUGAGCCAGAGGAGGGUAAAAAGGAGGAAAAGCAGGUGGAAGCGAUACCGAAAAAUUUACUAAACGGAUGGGACAGCAUAUUUUCGGACAUGAUUAAAGAUGGCAAGAAGAUCGGCAGCAGCAACAUCACGACAGAGUCGGAAACAGUCGACGGUCGCGAGAUGGAUUCCGGCACGGAGAUGAAAUUUUGGUUCUGGGACGCUUGGAACGAUCCGAAUAAGUGUCAGGGUGAGCUGUAUCUGUUCGGUCGUAUUGCAUCGACCAAUCGCGAUUUCCAAUCCAUAUGUGUGCACGUACAGAACGUCGAACGGUGCAUUUAUCUACUUGCCCGUGAAACACAUGCCGUAACCGGCCAACCGGUCAGUAUGCUCGACGUGUAUGAUGAGUUCUGUACCGAUGUAAGCACCAAGCUGAACAUCACCAAAUAUCGUACCCGUAAGGUGACGAAAAGCUUUGCCUACACGAGUGCAACCAGCUCGUUGAAGGUUCCGGUGAUGUGCGAAUAUCUGGAGGUACGGUACAGUGCGAAAUUACCUCCGCCACCGCUGGACAAACGGUAUCGCACGAUUGCGCAUAUUUUCGGUUCCAACACGAACGUGGUGGAACAGUUUCUGCUCGAGCGUAAGGUGAAGGGACCGUGCUGGAUGACGCUCAGCAAUGCGACACCGCGGGAAACGAAAUCGAGCUGGUGCAAGCUGGAGGUGACCGUACCAGACAUUGAUUGUGUGAAGCUAGCGAGUGACACGGCCACACCACCGCCGCUCGUGUUCUGCUCGAUCAAUGUACGCAGCACGCUGCGGAAUAAUACGAACGAGAUCGUCAUGAUAACGAUGCUGGUGAACGAUCGGUUUUCGCUGAGUCAACCGGCACCGAAUCCUCCCUUUAACCGACAGUUCUGUGGCGUUACACGCCCAUCGAACACGGUUUGGCCACUCAAUUUUAAUGUGGCCGAUUGCAAGGCAAAGGUAACCAAGUGUGAAAGCGAACGCACGCUGCUGAGCUGGUUCCUGUCCACGUUUCAGGUGAUCGAUCCGGAUCUGGUGGUUACGUUCGAUUCGGAAGACUUUCAGCUGGAUCUCAUCUGUCAGCGGCUGAUGACGACCAAGAUGGCGCUGUGGAGCCGCAUUGGACGGUUGAAGGUGAAGAGUCCGGCAAGUCGCCGGGUGGAUGAUUUCUUUGUCGGACGUAUGAUUUGCGAUGUGAAAACAUCCGCGGAGGAGUUGAUCCGGUCGCGUAGCUAUGAUUUGAAUACGCUGUGUGCGGAGGUGCUGAAGAUUGGGGAGGGCGAGCGGAAGGAUGUGCUGCUGGAUGAGAUUCCGGCGAUGUACGAACAGGCAGAAACGCUCGUCCAGUUGGUGGGAUUAACGAUGCAGGAUAAUUUCUACACGUUGAGGUUGAUGUGCGAGCUGAAUGUGUUGCCGCUGGCGCUGCAGAUAACGCAGAUUGCGGGUAACUUGAUGAAUCGGACAUUGCAUGGUGGUCGUGCGGAACGGAACGAGUUUUUGCUGUUGCAUGCUUUCUACGACAAGGACUACAUUCUGCCGGAUAAGGUCACGUUUCAGCCUGGAGGUGGGAGAAAGGAUGUGAAGAGUGGAGAUCCGGGAGCGGAUGAGACGAGAGAGAAGCGUAAACCCAAGAAUAAGGCCGCCUACACCGGUGGGUUGGUGUUGGAUCCGAUCAAGGGCUUCUACGACAAGUUUGUGCUGCUAAUGGACUUUAACUCGCUGUAUCCUAGCAUCAUCCAGGAGUAUAAUAUCUGCUUUACGACGGUACUGCCACCGUCGGUUGGCGGUGAAGAAGGGGAAGGCUCUGAUGAGAUCGAGCUCGAGCCAACUAUACUGACUACCAGUGAGAUUGCGAUCCUACCUAGACAGAUCCGGAAACUGGUCGAAAGUCGACGGGCCGUGAAGCAGCUAAUGAAGGAACCGGACAUUUCGCCCGAGCUGGCCAUGCAGUACAACAUUCGGCAGAUGGCACUGAAGCUGACGGCUAACUCACUGUACGGGUGUCUCGGAUAUUCUCGGUCGCGGUUUUACGCUCAACAUCUAGCGUCGCUGAUCACGCAGAAAGGCCGUGAGAUCCUAAUGAACACCAAAUCGAUCGUGGAGCGGAUGAACUAUCAGGUGAUUUACGGCGAUACGGACAGUAUCAUGAUCAACACAAACAUUACCGACUACGAGCAGGUGUUUCGCAUCGGUGCGAGCAUUAAGCAGCACGUGAACAAAGCGUACCGAUGUCUGGAGCUAGACGUGGACGGCAUCUACAAGUAUCUGUUGCUGCUGAAGAAGAAAAAGUACGCCGCAGUGUCGAUCAGCAAGAAACCGGACGGUGCAUUUGUGUGCACGCAGGAACUGAAAGGGUUGGACAUUGUGCGGCGUGAUUGGUCCCGGAUUGCGGUGCUGGCUGGUAAUAUGGUCCUUGCACAGAUCCUGUCCGACGCACCGAUGGACGAACGUAUCGAAAACGUUCACGUACGGUUGGAGAAGCUCAAGGAUGAUCUGCUAGCGGGAACGCUAUCGUUACAGUUGCUGGAAAUUACCAAGCAACUGACACGAUCGUUGCACGAGUACGGGGAUGCGGGCCAGUUGCCACACGUACAGGUAGCACUGCGUAUGAAUAAACAGCGGAAGCGAAACUACAAACGGGGCGAUAUGGUGAACUACAUCAUCUGCCAAGAUGGUACAUCUUCGCCCGCCAUGAAGCGUGCCUACCACAUCGACGAGGUACGCGAUCCGACCAAUGGCGAACUGUUAAAGGUGGAUGUGGAGUACUAUCUGGCACAGCAGAUCCAUCCGGUCGUGUUUCGUAUCUGCGAGCCACUGGAGGGUACGGAUGCGUGCCGACUUGCUCUAUGCUUGGGGCUCGAUCCGAAGAAGUACCGCACGAUGGUGAGCGUUGGUGGAAGUGGUGGUGGUGUCGAUGGGCACCAGUAUCAAGAUGGCGAAAGUCUCAUCAAGACUGCAACGGAGCGGUAUCGGUUGUGCCAUCGGUUCGAGUUUACAUGCGUUGCUUGUAAGAGCAAAAACCCGGUAGCUAGCGGAUUCCGUCCGUCGGCGGGUGGUCGCCAGCGGUCGGUAUUUGAACGGUGCGCUAAUGAGGAGAGCGGUAGCGGUGGCUGCUCUGUACAACCCGUCCAAUAUCUUCCAGCGAUACUUAACGAGCUAACGCUGGCCAUACGGGCGGACAUUCGACGGUUCUACCAGCGCUGGAUGGUUUGUGACAAUCCAAUUUGUAAUGGCAACACGCGACUCUACUCGCACGUGGCGGCAAAGAACAAUCCUUACUGUUUGCUCUGCCGGAAGGGUUUGUUGGUGCUACAGUACUCCGAGACGGAUCUGUACAAUCAGUUGUGCUACUAUCAGUAUAUGUUCGAUUUGGAUCAGUACAGUGCGAAAUUAACGAAAGCCCUCUCACCGGAUAUUCGCAACAUGUACAACCGAUUGAAGGAAACCGUUGACCGGUUCCAUAAGAGGUCCAAGUAUGGUGUCGUAAAUCUGUCCAACUUCUACAUGGAAUAUGCCAUCCCAGCACCGAAACACCUGGACAAGCUGGGCGAACCGGUGAAGUAUCUGUACCCGGCCAAAGACAUCGCUGCUAGACUGUCCAAGCGAUUGGAUGCGGUUGGGGAAGGAAAAUCUGAUGGUGUGAAAAGUGAACCGAUGGACCGGAAGACGUCGCUGUUGCACGAAAAACUGAUACAAUGGAAACUUUAUUUGAGCUAA